UGUCCUCUUACACCUCCCCACCCCCCACCUCACCUCAGUUAAAUUUCUUCAUAAAUACCCUCAUUCCCCACCUCCAAAACCUCCCAUUCAAAUUUCUUUCUCCUCAUUUCCUUGCAAAACCAAACACACUCUCAAAGUCUCACUAAACAAAACUUUAAAAGAGAUAGAGGAGAGAGAAAGAGAGAAUGGGUAUGAAGAAGCAAAACAAGCUGGCGCAAACGGCGGUGUUGAAGCAAAUCUUGAAGAAGUGCUCGAGCUUGGGCAAGAGGCACGGCUACGACGAGGAGGAGCUGCCGGUGGACGUGCCGAAGGGGCACUUCGCCGUGUACGUGGGCGAGAACCGGAGCAGAUACAUCGUACCCAUCUCGUUCCUCGCCCACCCGGACUUCCAACGCCUCCUCAGCCGGGCCGAGGAGGAGUUCGGCUUCGAUCACGAGAUGGGCCUCACCAUCCCUUGCGAAGAGGUCGUUUUCCGAUCCCUCACCUCCAUGCUCAGAUGAGGAGAGAGAGAGAGAGAGAUGGCCAAGAUGGAAUAAUGAAUGCAGCCCAUGCAGAGACAAGUUUGUGUGUGGGCUGCUUUUUUCUUCCAAUCUUUUUUUAACAUCUCUUUCUUUGGGAUAUUCUUUUUUUUUUUUUUUAUGUGUUCUUCGUUAAGAACUAUGUUUUGAAGCCCAUUUUGUGGGGUUUUUAGUGAAGAUCAUCUAACCCUAGACGCCCAUGAAAUUGUAAUGAUUAAUUUGAGCUUUUUGUGGGGUGGAUUUAAUUUGUAAAGGAGGGGUUUGAUUAGUUUGUAGUUUAAUUUAUUAGUUUCCUCGAAGAGGUGUUACUUAAUUUGUUUGUUUGUUUGUCUGUCUCUGCACCACCCUGAGAGAGACUUGAAUUUCAUGUUCAUCAGAAACAAGAAUGAUUUAUUUGACUGAA